CCGGGAGAACUAUGUCUGUUGCAUCAAUUUCGGAACGUUUAACUGAAGCUGCAGGCGUUAAGAUUUAUAUGGCGGAAAACAGUACGUCAAUCGAUACAGCCUUUACGGGGGAAAUUUGUAUAAUAUUAGAAAAUAUAAAAAAAACGAAAGCAAUUGGUAAAUCUUGCGGAUUUCAUUUAACAAAAUCAAAGUGGGACCCUUAUCCGUGGAUAAGCCAUAUCGAAACCGGGAGUAUUGCUGAUCAUGCUGGACUUAGAGCUGGAGAUUGUUUAAUUAGUAUCGAUGGAAAGGAUUUAAUAGGAUUAAAAGUAAAACAAAUAGCAGCUUUAGUCCAUCAUUAUGAAGGAUGUGAUUUAAAAUUAUUUAUUUGGAGAUGCAUUAACAAAGGAGAAAAAGAAACCGGAAUAGCUGUGAAAGGACCACUGCCAGAUGUGGCCUGUAAACUUGCAAAUGCAGUAGCUGGAGUGACACGAGCUCUAGAAUGCCCAGUUUGUCUGGAAAGCUCCCUGCCUCCAGUUUCUCAAUGUGUUCAUGGUCACAUCAUUUGUGUUGGAUGUAGAUCGAAAACACAUCGUUGUCCGAUUUGUAGAGUUAGACUGGGUCAAGGAAGGUGUUUGCUCGCGGAUAAACUUCAUAAGUUAUUUCAGGACAUUUUUGACAUAAAAGGCAAUGUAAAUAACAAUGCAGAAUGUCACACGCGAAAUCUUCAAGAUCGGCUUUUUGGUAAAAACAAGAAGAAAGAACUAAAACAAACAGCGGAGAAACAUGAUUUUACAAAUACGAAAACACGUCAAUUAUUAUUAAGCAGGUUAUUUCGCGGUGGAUUGGAAAAAGCUGCUUCAGUGGAUAAUUUAACAAUAUUGUCCAAUGAAAAGCCAAAUGCAAAUACUGCACCUGUAGAUUUAAACCCUGAUGAACAUGCAAGUUUUUAUGAUCGAACGAAAUCUGCAAGUACUGGAGAAUUGUCAAAAGAGACUAUGAAAGACGUUGACAAUCAUUUGCAAUCUGAUGCAACUGUUACCUUAAUAUCAAGUAAUAAUAGUUUAAUGUCCAAUGUAUCUCCCACACCAAUUUGGGGAGGCUCUAUAGAUUCUAUAACCUGUACCCAAAUCAUGUGUCCUCUUUCAAGGCAAAAUGGAUGUAAAGAUAUUAUUACACCUGUUACCGUAUUGGAACAUUUGAGCGGAAUUCAUGAACUACCACAAGUUCAUUUUUAUUCUAUUUGUGUUAAACUUCCAGUACCUCUUCCAUUUGGUUCAAAAGCUGUUUACAUAUUGCACUGUGGUGAAGAUCUCUUUUUCUUUCAGUGUGAAGAUGAAAUUGUUUGGAUCAGUAGUACCAGAGGGGGAAAAAUACCAUGGGAAUGGACUUUAUAUGGUAAAGGGCAGAAUGGUACUGAGAUAAGAAUGCGUAGAAGUGUUGCAAGUCUUACAAAUCCCAUGAUGUUAACAUCCCAACAUAUUGCCCCCUUACCAAAUGCUUUGUUAUUGUACACAUUGGACAUUCAACUAAUAGAAUGUCAUUCAAAUGAACAGUUAGAGAUAUAGAAUAUACAUAAAAGCUAUUAAAAAUUAUAAAAUACA